AUGGGGAGUUGUAAGGUGGUGGGUUUUGCAUUCUUGGUUUUGCUCCUCCUGGAUCUCUCCUUUGCUGCUAGAAUAUUGAAGGAAUAUGGCGCCGAUGGAGGUGGCGGAGGAGGUAGUGGUGAAGAGGGUGGCGGGGGCGGUAGUGGUUCCGCUGUCGGAGCUGGUUCAGGCUACGGUUCGGGUAGUGGUUCAGGGUAUGGUGGUGCUGAUGGGCACGGGUAUGCAAGUGGUGGAGGUGGAGGUGGGUGUAGCGGAGGAGGUGGCGGCGGUGGGAGAGCUGAAGCCCCCGGGUCUGGAUCAGGCUACGGUUCAGGAAAUGGAUCCAGUUCUGGUUACGGGUCAGGAAGUGGAGGGGGGAAAGGUGGCGGCAGCGGUGGUGGUUCCGGAUCUGGUUCAGGGCUUCGUAUUUCUGAUCGGGAUAGGAAUGCAAGUGGCGGAGGCCGAGGUAGCGGUAGCAAAGACGUUAAAGGAAGUGCAUCAUCAGGGAGCGGAAGUGGGUACGGAAGCGGGAGUGGUGGUGGCGAAGGAGGUGGGGGAGGAGGAGGAGGUGGAGUCAGUGGAGGAGGGGGCGGAGGCUCUGGGUCCAGCGGCCGGAGUGGCUCUGGAUGCGGAUCAGAGAGCGGAAGUGGGUACGGAAGCGGGAGUGGAGGUGGCAAAGGAGGUGGGGGAGGAGGAGGAGGUGGAGGCAAUGGCAGUGAAGUUGGUCCAGGAUCCGGAUCCAGAUGA